GCCCUCCACCGCCCCUUCCUGUCAUGGCGGCGGCCGGGACCCAGCGGCGCGACGAGGCGGCGGGACGGAAAGCGGCGCUCUCCAGGAGCUGAGCGCCCGGAGCACAGCGGGGACGCCGCCCGGCCCGGAGUCAGCGGCGCUGCGCUACGGCUGGAGGUGACCGAGAUAUUGCUGAAGGAGUUGCUUUCUACUGCUUUCAUCGUUAAACUUCCUUGUGGGGUCAGCAGCAUGUCUUCCACCGGGUGCACCUCAAAACUUCUCCUGGUCCUCACUUCACUGCUGCUGGUGCUGCCAGCGGUUGAAGCCAUGGACGCAGGAGAUACCAUCGCCUUCCUGCUGGGUCUCGCUGUCAGCGUCAUCGGAUUCUGUGCCUGCCUUGGCUUGUAUGCCAGGAAAAGAAAUGGACAGCAGUGAUUUCAAGAAGAUGCUCAAAUGAAGUGUGUUUCCUAACGUUGCUUGGGGUUGAGGUCUGGGAUUUAAAACUGUGCUUCAAUUCUGGAUAACUUUUGAGAACUUGUAGUUGAUAAUCCUGCAAACCCUCUUACUGUGCAGUACAACAGAUCAAGACCAUACUCAGUAGAAGGGAUUUGUAGGAUCUGUCAUCAUGACAGUAAGAUGAUUUUACAUUGCUUGUGAUUAAAUAAUGCCUUAGAGAAGGGUGAGAACAGUUUGAAAGGGGGAAGAGAACCACAGAGUGGUUCACAGGAGACAGUGAUAAAUGGAAUGUAUGAGGGAGACCUUCAGUAAGUUCUGCAAUUUUGGUUUCAGGGGUUCAUCAGGAGGAAGCAGCUAUUAGUCUUCCAGUCAGGAUGGGAGAGCUUUGGAAAUACCUCUGAUGAGAUAAGUAGAGAGCAGACUGCAUGUGCUCACAUGGUUUGUAAUGACAGCACCUAACAGCUCACUUCCACUGUUACAGAGAUGAGAUUGGGGAGAACUAAAAAAACAUGGAAAACUCUCUUCUAUUUAUUUUUUAUUUUUAUUUUAGAAUGUGCCUUUUCUGUAGCCUGUGUUCUUGUUACCAGAGUGGGACUGUUCUACUUCAACAUGUAAAGCUAUGUGAAUCAAGCAGGGGUUAUGUUUUGUUGUCACUUUGUUUUCAGCACUCAGUUUUCCUUUAAGCAUGCUGAGUAAAGUGGUGUCUUUUCUUUUGUUUUUUUUGUUCGCUUUUUCCCAAAAUGAAGAUUUAUUUUUCUGCUUUAGUGUGGAAUUUAUAUGUAGUGUUUCUGAAUUAGACAGUUAUUAAAUUUUAUCAGGACAAUUGUGCACAUUUCUUUUGCAAUGUGGAAACAACUUGUUUUGUUAAAAUCCUGGGUUUAGUUGACAAAUCUGUUAUCCUUGAGUGUCUUCCUCAUGAUAACGGUGUUGUUAGUUAAGCACUUAGGCUUCUUAUCUAAUUGAUACCUAAGAGUUCCACAGAAGAAUAGGACCAAAAACAAAGUGAAAAAUGUUGAUUCAGAAUUCUAUUGAUGCUCAGUCAAACUGGGUAUUUUCAACCAUAUAAUUGUUAUAUGGUUGAAAGAAUCUACUUGGUAGCAGAUCUAGAACCCAUUUCUUUCUUUUCAGCUGUGUCAUUUCCACAUUGCUACUAAAAUGUCAACCACAAAGCCCUCAGGCUUAUGAGGAUGUUCUCACUGUCAUCUUAGUUGAAGGAGCACAUGAAAGCAAAUAAAUAACAGCAGGGAAAAAAAAAAAAGGGAAAAAAAAAGUAGCAGAAUGAACAGUGGAGGAAGGUGAACUCUGCGGUUCACAGAAUUUAGUUCUGAUCUUGUGCUGUGGGCACUGCCACUCUUGCUAGAAAUCUCAUCUUUUAUCUUUCGAAGUUGGAGAAAAAAGGUAAAAUGUGAUGCAGAGUUAUGUAUGUUGGUACUGUUCCUCCUGUUUCUCUGUUAGCGCCUCUGUUCAGUAGAGCACAAAGCAAUGGCUAGAACUGCGAAAUAGGGUUUACAUAAGUAGUUGGAUGGGCAGUUCAUGUUCUACAAAUUCUAACAUUUUGAUAUUCCAUAUACCAUAUGUGGCUGUUUUGACUUCUGUCUGCUCAGAAGCUGGAGAGAGAAGCCCAGUUUAUUUCAGUCUCAUAAUUGUGUCUGUCUCUGUCUCACGGUUAAUGGAGGAAGGUAUAAUGAAAGUGUCCAAAUAUUGUGGGGUUGAAACUGGGACUCAACCCAGCAAGCCACAUGAAUCUUGGUUUCUGCUGUCAAGCUACUGGAAUGAUAUUGGUCACAAAGUUGUUCUGCAGAAAUGCAAGCCUUGCCGACUGUCUUUUCUGGUACCCCCUUUAAUGGCUUCCCAAGUCCAAAAUGGGACAGCCCUAAAAUGAGCUCUGAAUAGUAGUGUCACCUUCUAAGUCCACUAUAUGAUUUUUCAGUGGAGUGGAUGCAAGCACACAUCAUGUGUGAUCUUCUGCAUUUGUACUUGGCUAAACCAUUAUUACCCUUAAAAACAUCAGAGCACCCAGCAACUUCAGUACGCUUUGUAUUCCCCCGAAUUUGAGAAGUCUGCCUAUAUUUCAGUAGAGUAUUAAAUAAUGCUUUCAAUAGUAGAAAUUUUAUCACAAGCAGCUUUUCUCAGACUCCUUUAGACUCAUCGAUUUGGAAAAGAUCCGUGGCAACAGUUUCACUGUAGUACAACUUCUUUGUGGAAUAAUUAGCAUCAGGCUACGGAGAACUGAGUAACCAUGUUCUUUGCCUGAAGCUCUAUGUACUUCAUUGAAAGGUGCUUGCACAGGAUAGGAGCAUUGUUUCCUGGGUUCUGACAGAAGCUUUAUUGUUGAAGACUUGCAUUUGUCAAUGACUUGAGUGUAAAAUUUGAUAUCCCUGUUUUUCUUCUGCUUUAAUAAACUUUCACAUAAGAUCUGU